CACACACACAUAUAUAUAUAUAUAUAUAGAUGGUAUAACGAUGGUAGAAGCAUGAAAGAAUUAUAAAAAAAACCUAGUAUUCACUUUAUUUGUACUUUAAUAUCAGUGACAUUCGCUCGGCUGUGAUAUAUAUACUAUUAAAUAAGUGUAUUUAUCGUUUGCAACUUAUCGUAGAAUUUUUAAAAGUAACGUGAAGAGCAGUCGACGAGGGAUAACCUAAAUUCACACACAUAUGUAUGUGUCUGAAAAAGUGAAUUAGACAAGAGAUGGAUAGAGAUUUACAAUCUUACAGUCUAAUAGUAUAACAAAUCAUGAUAUAAUCAAUGAGAAUUCGUUGUGUAUGUAAAAACUAUAGUUAAAAUGGCAAGAAGCAAAACGCAAGAGAAACACGUAAAGAUAAAAGCUAAACUUGCAAAUGCAAGCUCUGCUAAAACAAGUAAAAGUUUAUCAUUAUCGAUGGGUUCUAUAAUCGCUGUUAUAUGUAUUGGCAUUGCAGUUUGGUUUGGAUUCAAAGGAUAUCUUGAAACAAGAGUAAAUACUCCAUAUAAUGUAGAAAAGCUAGUUAUCGCAUCUGGUUUGGAUAUUCCGGACAGAUAUUGGGGUACUUAUAGACCAGGUGUAUAUUUCGGAUUAAAAACAAGAGAUCCACAUUCUUUGGUGACUGGUUUGAUGUGGUAUUUUCCACGUAAUUUACGGUACGAUGGAAAUGGAUUUAGACAUUGGUGUGAACAAGGUGAUAAAUUAAACAGAUAUGCAUGGCUGGAACAUGAUGGACGAACGUUUGGUGUUCAAGAAAUAGUAGAUAAUUCUGUAGUUAUAAAAACAACAUUCGUCAAGAGACCUGGCGGAUAUCACGGUGGUGACUGGACGGCAAGAAUUGCGGUAUCACCGGUACCAGAGAAGGAACAUGAUAGAAGGGAAGAAAUAUCGCUGUUAUUUUAUACCGCUAUUGAGGAAAGCACAAAAGGUUGGAUAAAGGCUAAUCUAGGAGAUUACAAUCGCUUGACAGGAAUAGAGGGAAACACGCAAGGAUUAGGAUCCUUCGUUAUAAACCUAAAUUUAAUAAAUGGUACUGUAGAAGAACAUUCCUUUCUAGCAACAGUCGCACCUGGUCUAAAUGUAUUAAAAGAAACUGUUUUGCAAAAUCUUCGCAUUGCAACUGAAAAGGGAUCUAUGGAGAAACAUGUAGUUUUAGCCGGUGAACAACUGCCUUUGUUGUCUGAUGGCAAGAAAGAGGAUCCAAAUUUUAUAGUCACUCAAAUAACAGGAAAGGCUCCUUUCGAGAUUGAAGUUAGUUACGAAUCUGGCAGUUUUAGUAAUAGAAUAGACAAACUAACAGGUGAGAAUUACGACGAGGCUCUCGAGAAGCAGAGACAACUAUUCUCGAAAAAAUUUGAGAGUGUUUUCGGAUUAAAGUCCAAGGGAUACACAAACGACGAAAUAACAUUUGCAAAGAUGGCAUUCUCAAAUCUUCUAGGUUCAGUAGGUUAUUUCUAUGGAACUUCACAAGUGCAAAGUUCAUAUACCCAGGAACCUGUGCCUUAUUGGAAAGCACCUUUAUACACCGCUAUACCCAGUAGAAGUUUUUUCCCUCGUGGUUUUCUGUGGGAUGAAGGUUUCCACGGUUUACUCAUCUCAAUCUGGGAUACAGAGAUAGAAUUGGACAUUAUAAGUCAUUGGUUUGAUCUGAUGAAUGUCGAAGGUUGGAUCCCAAGAGAGAUGAUUUUGGGCCAGGAAGCUCUGGCUAAAGUGCCCCAAGAAUUUGUUACACAGAUCAAUACAAACGCUAAUCCGCCCACAUUCUUCUUAACACUGGACUUUCUACUUCAACAUAAAGAAGAGGAAUUGAAAUAUAAUUUUAAGUUGCUUGACAAAUUAUAUCCACGAUUACAGGUGUGGUUCUCGUGGUUCAAUGUCACGCAAAUCGGCGAUCUACCUGGCACAUACAGAUGGCGAGGCAGAGACGAAACGACUAAUAAGGAAUUGAAUCCCAAAACGCUCACAUCUGGUCUGGACGAUUAUCCCAGGGCUUCCCAUCCAAAUAUCGCCGAGCGUCACGUCGACUUGCGUUGCUGGAUCGCGUUCGCCGCUCGGGUUAUGGCUAGAAUCGCCGAAACGUUAAAUUAUCCUGCCAAAAAGUAUCAAGAAACAUUCCAGUACCUAUCCGAUAACAACUUGUUGAAUCAAUUGCAUUGGUCACCGAAUGCCCAAGUGUAUUCAGAUUAUGGUUUGCAUACCGAUAAAGUAGUCUUACGGAAAUCCGUAACACCAUCUCACAAACAGCGAUCCCAUACCCAAUCUCCGGAAAUAAUACGCGUCGUAUUGGAGGAUCCGUCUUUAAAAUACGUCGAUACGACCUUUGGAUAUGUGUCGCUAUUCCCUUUCAUUCUGCAAAUCAUCGAGCCUGAUUCGCCACAAUUGGGGAAGAUUUUGCAAGAUGUACGGGACCCCGAUUUACUGUGGACCAAAUACGGAUUGCGCUCGCUCGCGAAAACAUCGCCGCUGUAUAUGAAAUAUAAUACGGAAUUUGACGCGCCUUAUUGGCGCGGUCCUAUCUGGAUAAAUCUCAAUUAUUUGACAGUACGAGCCGCGCAUCAUUAUUCUAAUGUGAGAGGCCCACAUCAAGAAAACGCGAGAAAGAUAUAUGAAGAAUUGAAAAAUUUGAUACAAAAUAUUAUUAAGCAAUAUAAAACCGGAUACUUGUGGGAACAUUAUGAUAGCACUGAGGGGGAUGGCAAAGGCAGUCACCCUUUUACUGGCUGGACUUCUUUGGUUAUACUGCUUAUGGCAGAAAUAUAUUAGUUAUUUUUCAAUGUGUGUGCGCGAGUGUAUGAAUCUAUGAAUGUACAUACAAACAUACAUAUAUAUUU